AUGUCUGCUAUUGCCGAGCAAGAACCAGGUUUACCUGACCAGGAUACAGAAGGUAUUCGAAUGGGGCACGACUCCAGACAAAUUGUACUGCAUAUGCUGCCUAUCAAAGAGGCCGAAGAUGACAUCCAUGGCACUGCAGCAUUUCUGGUAUCUCAGGCGGUUGAGAGAGCCAUUACAGAGGAAGAGGGCAGACAAGAGGAGAUUUGGCCCGAUGUCGAGGAGAUCUGGCAAGUCGGACAAAUGUGGCCUGAUAUGGAGAAUAUAUGGCUUGAUGUUGAGGAAGUUUGGCCCGAUAUCACGGAAGAUUUGCAUAUUUGGAACGGAGAACAAAAGGCAGGUGAAGAUCAGAAGGAAGAUGAAAAUGACCAGGACUACAGUGAUGAAGAAGAGGAAGAGGAGGAGGAGAAUGAAGGAGAAGAGCAGGAUAAGGAGGAUCCUGGAGAAGAUUCAGAAAUCAAUCUACAUACCUGCAAGACUAGUAAUAGUCAAGAUCAGAUACCAGGAGCCCAGGGACUUAGGAGAGGGAAGGAUUCUCCAAAAGGUUCAAGACAUAGCAAAGGAAGAAGAUUGAAGGCAGAAGAAAUGAUGGAUGAAGUUAGAACCAACAAAUUUGUUCUUCAUGGGUUAAAUAUUUUCCAACUUUUAAUAGCACGUAACAAUUUUAUCAUCAUUGGUUCUAACCCAAAACUCUUCAUUCAAAGUUUACACAUUGAUAAAUUCUCCCAUCUUUAG